GCCGUUUCGGCCUAUAGGUCCAGCCCUGUUUCACGCAAAGGCGCUUCCUUGAAUUCGCCAUGGGCUGCUGCGAGAGCGCGGAGGACCCUGCAAGCCUGCGGGAUCGAAUGGAGGUUGACGUGGCUUUCACGAAGCUGGACGAAGUUGUCUUCAAGAUGCCGGACGACCGCGACGCAUGGCUUGAGGACAGAGAAGAAUUGCGCGCUCUGCAGUUCGCCUCGCAGGAGCUGCGCGCAGACCUCGCGGCGGCAGCGCAGGCCAAGGAGAAGCAGGAGUGGCUGGGCCGCGUAGCAGAGAACGGCUUCGAGCUGGAAUAUGCGCCAGAGGAGCUCCGAGGCGACCGGGAGUUUAUGCUGGCGGCGGUGGCGCAGAGCAGCCUCGCGCUGGCGGACGCCUCACAGGAGCCGCCGGGGCCGUCGUCCGGGAGGGCACGGCGCGGGUGA